UGGAAAAACUUUAGGAAAAACCACAACCAAGAUGUGUUCUCCCAUCAUUCCCGAGGCGGGGCUUUGAGUUUUACGACCUGGGACCUAAUAGUGACACCUGGAUAUGUGUAGUGGUACCCGGGUGUGGGACUCAAGAUUUAUCAUGUCUGUUGCAACAUGCGAUAAUAGCUCACGCUUGCGGGACAGGCAAUAUGCAGGAUGGGACACACGUAUUGGACCGCACACCAGAACAUCCACUCGGACUUAUGUCAGGAGAUGAUGUCCAUACAACAUACAGAGCAUUUAACUUAUCCUAUUACGAAACUGGCAUUUUUGGUAUCUUAGCAAGGACUCGUGCACAUACGGCUUGGGACGUGGCAAAAGCAGCAGCCGAAUUUUUAAGUAAUGUCGGUGAUCUCAGCUGUGAUCAAAUAGAAAUUGGUAAAAAAAGACUUAAAGUCAGCUUGGCAAUACAUGACGAUGACUGUGUGAGGAUGGCCGAGGGUCUAGCACUUCAGGUAGCCAGCGGUUAUCAAAUAGACAGUGCAAAAAAUUCCAUGACUAUGAUUGACGAGAUCAGUAAAUACGAAAUAGCAAAUACGGCGAGGUGUUUAUCCUGUAAAUUUAACCCUCGGUCCAUCCUCCCGCUGCUUGACAAAGAGUGGAGGAAGGAUGAGAUUGGUCUGCCGUCUAUCCAACAAGACGAGAUUCAAGCGGCGAGGUUGAUUGUAAUUAGGAGGAAGAAGAUGAAAAAACAUCAGAGAAGGAAGUUAUGGAAGAAGAUGCGGUAUACUUGGGCUCGGGUCAAGCAGCACCGUCGUCAAGCCAAAGAGAAGAGAUUCCAAAACUCUUUAUUAGCUAUGGUGAAGGAAGCAAACGAGUUCCAAGCUGAACAGUAUGUGGCGGACAAGAUCCAAAGAGCUAACCACACUCCUCUUCCGACUCGCUGGAAACAUAAGCGUCUCCCAGAGUUCAUUAUAAGGCAAUUGCUGGGCUUAGACAAGAAGAUUAACUAUAAACACACUGAUGUAUACAAAGCUUGA